AUGGUCAACUCUUUUGUCCUGGAAAUUGGUACCUCAAGCUUGGGUUCUGCAGAGUUUUCAGAGGUGGCAGCAGCAGCGCAGAGACUACUUACUGUGCCUGGUCGUGGCAAGGGCGGGAAGGGCCUGGGCAAGGGGGGCGCCAAGCGCCACCGCAAGGUGCUGCGCGACAACAUCCAGGGCAUCACCAAGCCCGCCAUCCGGCGGCUGGCCCGGCGCGGCGGCGUCAAGCGCAUCUCCGGCCUCAUCUACGAGGAGACCCGCGGAGUGCUCAAGGUGUUCCUGGAGAACGUGAUCCGCGACGCCGUCACCUACACGGAGCACGCCAAGCGCAAGACGGUCACGGCCAUGGACGUGGUCUACGCACUCAAGCGCCAGGGCCGCACCCUCUACGGCUUCGGGGGCUGA